AUGUCAACAUAUUCCAUCCACAGGAUGGGGCAUCUCAGCUUCCUAGCUUACCUGGCUGUGUUCUCCUACCUGUCUGUCACCGCCUCAGUCAGCCUGGAUCUCACUGAACUCAGAAACAAAGUUUCCAAGAUUAAAGUCAACCCCAGGGGGAAUCUGUGGGCCACAGGGCACUUCAUGGGCAAGAAGAGCCUGUUGGAUUAUCCAGAUGGGCAUGAUGGUACCAUGGCAAGACUUCCCCUGAACUCCCCUGAAGGUGCCAAGGACCUUAGGAACCUGUUAACCCAGAAGAUGCUGGAUGCUGCCCUAGCUCAAGAGGCAGAGGGAAGGCGACUGAGAUACAACUCUGUCACUGAGGGAACAGGGUUAAUAAUGAAGAUUAUCGAGAGAUAUGUUAAAAAUAGCGAGAAGUGA